UAUGAAAAUUGAUACAAUUAGCCAAAAUUUUUGUGAUACCAAAGAAUGCACAAGAGAUGACAUGACUGUGGAAGAAUGUCAAAGGCAAGGAGGUUCUCUUGUUCAUUUAGAUGGUUUAAAGUACUGCUAUAAAAUCGUUACAAAAAUUCCGUCGAGUUGUAAUAAUCAAAGGGACUUUUGUGCCAACCUCGGUAAAGAAUGGUCGAAGAGUAUUGUAGCUGAAUUUUGCCAUCAACCGCACGGAGAGUUGCUUAAGAAUUUAUCGUCAUUUGGUGGAUCUUUUUGGACUAAUAUCGUCGCGGAUGAUCAGAAUUCUAUUUGGACGAAUUGGUCCAUGUUUCUUUUAGCUGAAGGUACAAAAAAACUCUUUCAACAAGGAUGCUAUGGCGACAGUUCAAUAAUUAGCGAUUUAGAUGUGAGGUCACCUCUAAUUUCAUUGUAUAUAAAUGAAAAAUCUUGUUCGGAGAUUUGCUCUAAAUAUCCAGUAUCCAGUAACGGAAGAGUUACGGAUCCUCAGCUGAUAAAUGCACGAUUAAAUGUCGAGAUGGAUCGAAUUGCGGAGGAAACGGUUAUAAUUUUGUCUAUUCCAAUUACGAUAGUAGCUGGAUUUUAUUAUCAUGAUACUCCAGUUGAUUGGUACGAGGCUAAUUAUAGAUGUCUUUCAAGCAAUUCAAGAUUGCCGAGUUUUAUAAAUUGCAAUGAAAAAGCCAAGGUUAAAAAUGUUUUACCGUCCAAUACCGAGAUUUGGAUAGAUGCUGUAAAACAAAAAUGGAAAUGCAAAUGCCAAAGUGAUUAUUACGUGGGCGGCCAAUGCGAAUGGGAUGUUUGCCAACCGGAAAUUGACAAUUUUAAAAAAUGCGUUAUCCUUGAAAAUGGAAAGUGUAAAACAGCCGAAUGUACUGAAUUGAAUAAUAUUUUAUGCUUAGUCGAAAUUUGCGAUCCAAACAGUUUAAUAUGUUCUUAUGAAAGAAAAAAUAAAGAUCAAAAGUCGAGCUAUUUUCAAACAGCAAUAGCUCUAAUUGUUAUACUGGCUUUUAUUGCUAUUUCAUUGACAACCCUUUUUAUACUGUAUUAUAGAGCAGCGAGGGGUUUAUGGACCUGGAAAUUCCUCUCACGGUUGACAAGAAAACUGGGAGAUUCUCAAGUAUCUUCAAUACAUUUCGAUAUUAAAAAAAGCAAGGAACAAGAAGAAGGAGAAGAAGGAGAAGAAGGAGAAGAGGUGGAAGAGGAACAAGGGAAAGAAAGAAAUGACGACGAUGAAGAGGAAGAAGGGGAAAUAGGAAGAGGAAAAGAGAGAAAAAAUAUAAAAGCACCAUCAGUGAAUUAA